CAACCCUGCCCUGGUACCGGAGAAUGUAAAUUUUGAGCGAAUAGUAUUAUUGGACAGAUUCAGAGACGCCUGCUGCAAAACCCGAGAUUUACUGAACCCCAUUUAAACGUAGCCAUGGAGGCCAAGACCGACGCUCCCAUCUCCCCGGCGCCCACACCGAAUCCGACUGCAGAUUCCGCCAAAGAGCAGAAUUGCACCAACAACUCGCAACCCAAUUCGGGCUCCGCGCCGGGAGCAAUUGCAGCUUCAUCUGGAGCCACCGCUGGCCAAUCCACGCCAGCGACCCAACAGCAGCAACAGCCGGCGGCCAAGAAGACCAGUGGUGAGACCAGCUCCAUGCCCACGCGACAGUACCUGGACCAGACGGUGGCGCCGGUUCUGCUCCACGGAUUACAGGCACUCGCGCGCGAGAGGCCCACGGAUCCGAUCCAGUUCCUUGCCUCCUACCUGCUGAAGCACAGCAACGGGUGCGAGGAAAACAACGCCGCUGCGGUGGACAACAACUCCUAAACCCUCUACCUACCUCCCCCUUUAUCCGCUCCUUAGUUUUGUAAGUGAUCAGUGCAUAAAUAAUAAACGUUUAAAGUUAGAAUGUAA